GCGGGGCGGGCCGGCAGAGGGCAGAGCGGGACAUCCGGCCGGUGGUGGCGGCUCCGGGCCGAGUGGCGCCAGACUGAGCUGUCACCUCGCACGUGGUCCCCGGGAUAGAAGCGCCUUUAAAACAGCCCCGGGACGCCCCCCUGCACCACGGAGGCGGCUCUGUGCGACCACCCGCCUGCCCCGAGAGCCGCCGGCGGGGCGCCCCCAGUCCCCGCCCCGCCCAGCGGCCCGUCCCGGCCGCCUCGCCCCUCGCGUCAGACUCCAGCUGUCGUCGGUCUCCAGAUUCCUAAAGCACUGUAUGUGUGAGGCAGCGUGGUGAAGCCGGGAGGGAGGCGCUGCCGCUCAGACAGUAGAAACUCCAUUGCUGGAACCAGCACCAGAGGCCCCUCCACUCUGGUCCGUGCAUGAGAGGGUGAGGGGCCACAAGCUCCUGCAGGGAAGGCCAGAGUUCCCGCUGUGGAGAAGUUCAGGGGCGGUGUGAGACUUCCCCUGCCGAGUGGACCAGGAGCCAGCCACGCUGCUGGGAGCCCAGGAGACAAGGGACAGCCGUGGCUGCUGGAGCUGAAGGGUGGAACAAAGGAGGGCUGUGGCUCUUGGUGGCCAGGGUUAGCUGAAGAAACGGUGCAGGCCACGUGGAAGGAGGUGACAAGGGAGCUGCCUGGCUGGGCCUCCCCUGCCACUGCGACAAGCCACCCUCCACAUGGCCUCCAAGCCAGCUGCUGGGAAGAGCCCCGGGGAGAAGCGCAAGCGGGUGGUGCUGACCCUGAAGGAGAAGAUGGACAUCUGUGCACGCCUGGAGAGGGGCGAGAGCAGGCGGGCGCUCAUGCAGGAGUACAAUGUGGGCAUGUCCACCCUAUACGACAUUAAGGCCCACAAGGCCCAGCUGCUCCGCUUCUUUGCCAAUUCCGACUCCAGCAAGGCCCUGGAGCGGCGCCGCACCCUGCACACGCCUAAGCUGGAGCACCUGGACCGUGUCCUGUACGAGUGGUUCCUGGUGAAGCGUGCUGAGGGCGUGCCUGUCUCGGGCCCCAUGCUCAUCGAGAAGGCCAAGGACUUCUACGAGCAGAUGCACUUAACUGAGCCCUGCGUGUUUUCUGGUGGGUGGCUUUGGCGGUUUAAGGCCAGGCAUGGGAUUAAGAAGCUGGACGCAUCCAGUGAAAAGCAGGUGGCUGACCACCAAGCAGCCGAGCAGUUCUGUAGCUUUUUUCGGAGCUUAACUGCUGAGCAUGGCCUGUCCCCUGAGCAGGUUUACAAUGCCGACGAGACCGGCCUCUUCUGGCGGUGCUUGCCAAACCCCCCUCCAGAAGGUGGGGCGGCACCCGGUGUCAAACAGAACAAGGACAGGCUGACUGUCCUAAUGUGCGCCAAUGCCACAGGCUCCCAUAAAAUCAAACCCUUGGUGAUUGGAAAAUGCAGCGGCCCCAGGGCUUUCAAAGGCAUCCAGCACUUGCCAGCGGCAUACAAGGCCCAGGGUAACGUGUGGGUGGACAAGGAGAUUUUUUCUGACUGGUUCCAUCACAUUUUUGUCCCUUCGGUGAAGGAGCACUUCAGAACGACAGGUCUGCCUGAAGACAGCAAAGCCAUCCUCCUGCUGGACCACUCCCGGGCCCACCCUCAGGAGUCCGAGCUGGUGUCUGACAACAUCUUCACCAUUUUUCUGCCUGCCAGUGUCACUUCCUUGAUCCAGCCCAUGGACCAGGGCAUUCGAAGGGAUUUCAUGAGGAAUUUCAUCAACCCUCCUGUCACGCUGCAGAGCUUCCACCCCCGUUACAACAUGAAUGAUGCCAUAUUCAAUGUGGCCUGUGCCUGGAAUGCUGUACCCAGUGACAUUUUCAGCAGGGCCUGGAGGAAGCUGUGGCCCGCGGUCCCGUUUGUGGAAGGCUCAUCUUCUGAGGAGGAGCUUGAACGCCUCAGAACUAAGCCUCGUGAUCCGACUUUCGCGCACAUCCUCGAGCUUGGGAGAGAGGCUCCGUACCACCCGAGCAGCAGGCUUCAUCGGAGCCUGGCCCCUGAGCAUCGCGGGCCCGGCCUGGAGGCUGGAGAGGGGCAUGCCGCCACUGCAGGGCUGGCCCCGGCCAUGGGGACCUUGGAGCAGGCUGAGAAGGACAGUGAGGAGGCGGCCUGGGAGCAGGCGGCCUUGGCCUUUGAUGCUGUGGUGCGCUUCGCAGAGAGGCAGCCUUGCUUCACGGCGCAGGAGGUGGGGCAGCUGCGUGCACUGCGCUCGGUAUUCGUGAGGCAGCGGCAGGUGAAGCGGCGGCGCCUGGCACUCAGGGCUGUGGUCAAACUUGAAGCCCCCCAGGAGUGCUCCCCCCUGCCCUGCUCGUCCUUGGUGGGCAACCACUGACGGUGGGCUGCACUCCCCAGGGCUGUGGCUGUGAGGCCAGAUCAGGCGCUGGUGGAGAGCCUUACCCAGAGGGUGAGCGCCUGACUUGGUGUCAGUUACUCAGGAUAGCCCAGUCCCCGUGUGCAGUUCAUAAGCUCUUACCUGUCCCACCACGUGAAUGUGAGAUGUCCAGAGAGGCCCUCCAGACCUCCGCAUACCAGCACUGCCUGUGGCCAGAACCCAGGGUGGCUGGGCAGACUGGCCUUAUGUUUGCUGAGCCUUCCUGUGUCUGAGGGUGGAGAUAUCUCCCCAUCCGUCCAGUAUGAGAAAGGCCGGUCCUCAGGCUGACCAACAGAAGUCCCUGCUGCCCCUUGACAAGGUUAGCAUCUCCUCCUCGGGGCUCAGCCUGCUGGUCUGGUAGCCAUCCCUGAGGUAGGUAGGCCCCAAGGGCAGGUGGCAAAGGGCUGGGUCAGUGUUGGACCUCCGUGGCAUAGCCCCUGCUCGUGUCCUUACAGGCAACAGGUCACCGCCCUGUUUGUGUGACCUUACUCAGCAUGUGGAAAGGUCCUGCAUUUUACUGGUAGGUCCCACCCUGUGGGCUGGAAUCCCAGCGUGGAGUGGGCCACACGCGGGGUUGGUAUGGGAGACUUGCAGCUUGUAACGGUAGGAGUGACCAAGUGGGCCUGCCUGUUGCCUCACUGUAGGGCCACGAGGCUCGGCCUGUGUUUUGCAGCAUGGCUCCAAGUCCAGGGUACAGUCUGCUGUCCACAUUCCCCAGAGUUCUGUAUUUACGGCCUUUAUGUUAAUAAAUGUUGAUCAGCCUCUGAGGUCAGCCUUAGAUUUGCACAUACGUAACAAAAGCAGUAAGGCAGGCUGCACAUCCCCUGGUAAUGUGCAGGAAGGUUGGCGUACAGGGGGUCACGUGAAAGCUGGUCCUGGGAGCACACGGUUAGUUCCCACAUCUCCUGUUAGUUCUCGGACUCGUGGCUUCCUGCCGCCCUCCUGGAGCCCUGAUUACCCGAAGCCCUUCUUGGCGCCCCUGUGAGUGUCGUGAAACGGCUGUACUUGGUGUUCUCGUCACCGUUUUGCCCUGGGAUUCCAUCCCCUGCUCUAAGGUCAUGGCAGCUGAAGUGGCACUUCGUCUUCGCUCCUGUUUCCUGUGUUUGUGCUGAGAGACCUUUGUCCCUGAGAGCUGUGGGGCUCGUGCAUUUGGCCUGUAGGCCACUUCUCUGGCACUUUUACAUCCUCCUGAACACUGGUGGUGGUCAGCGCUGACAGGGCCGCAUGCUGCGGACCUGUGUGUUGUGCUGUGCGUGUGCAUCCGAAUGCUAGAAACCAACAGGCCGUGUUCAGAGGCUCGUGGCCAGUUCUCUGGGCCAGGUCGUGUCCUCGCUGUCUUGUCUGCUUCCUUCGCAGGUUGGGGGAGCGUCUGUGCACUUGGGCACUUUUUUGUCACUUCCAGACUCAUGUACCCCCGGUGAUGUUGAAUUGCAGCCGCUUGAGGUGUCGGGAGUCACACAGGAGUCACAGGGGGGCUGACCUUGCACCCAGGGGUGGGUGGCAUGGAGGGACCGACGGGCUGGGAAGCAGUCUGACCCUCUGCCCAGUGCGGCAGCAGGUCCUGACUGGGUGGGUAAAGCCAGGGAGGGUGGAUGCAGGUGGCGUUGUGGCUGGCUCUCCUGGGUGCCCUGUGGGUGCUCCGUCUCGUCAGACCAUAGGCCCAGGCUGUUGACUCUUGUCAUGCCCGCAUGACCUCUUCUGUCUGGCCAUGUCAUGGCCAAUCAAUAAAUGCUUGUCAACGGACCUCCAGAGCACUGUGUGGGAGCACCCAGCCCAGCCUGCACUGGCAGUGUGUGUGUGGCCUUUUGGGGGCUUCUCUGUACGGUUGGCCGAGCCUCCUCCCAUCCCUGCACCCCCCUCACAGAGUGGCAGUGUGCCAGGUGCCUUCACUGGGUGAAGGAAUGCCUAGUGGCCAUCACAGGGGCUGUGCACCUCAUGCCCACCUCCCUCGGGGCAGGCAGCACAGUGCGCAGGACUCGGUGGACCUCUUCCUAGGACUAUUUGUCCAUCUUGACUAUCCCCUUCCUUGGCGGUCAGAACAACUUGGCAGACCAAGGCUGGAAAGAAGCUGUGUCCCUAGCUGUGCCACAGUG